AUGAGGAAGGAUCCUAGAGGGAAAAAUUGUCUAAUAGUAGAUCAGAGUUGUAGCAUCAAGGAGUUUAUGAGAUUGAAUCCUCCUACUUUUGAGGGAGGACCUGAUCUAAUGACUGCAGAAAACUGGGUUCGGCAAAUAGAGGAGAUACUGGAAGUACUUGGCUACAUGGAUGAGCAAAUGGUUUGCUAUGCCACAUUUAAAAUGGCAGGGGAUGCGAAACUUUGGUGGCUUUUUAUGAAGCUGCUAGAGGAACAGAGGUUAGUAAAGAUAGCUCUGACGUGGGAUCGAUUUAAGGAGCUAUUAUUCGAUAGGUAUUUCCCCUUAUCUAUUAAAGAGGAAAAGAUUGAGGAAUUCACUAACUUAACACAGGGGAGUAUGACUGUUGGGGAAUAUAUAACUAAGUUCCUUGAAUUGUCACUUUUUGCUUCGUUCCUAAUCCUGAACGAGGCGAGAAAGGCCAGGAAAUUUGAAAAAAGGCAUGAGACGAAGGGUUUGUGA